AUGGCGGCACGCAUUCGCAAUGUGCCCAUCGCCGACCAUGUUCCCAUCAAGCUCUCCCACACCGCCAGCAACAUCUAUGCAUGGAAGACCUACUUCAGCCUUCUCUUCAGCGAGUACAAUCUUUGCGACCACCUCGACGGCACCGACAACCUCUUUGUCAUGCGCACCGAUGCGAGCCACUGUGGUGUAUUGCGACAAUAUCUCUACGGUAUAUCUCCAGAUGUAUUCAAUAAGUUCAAGGGAGAAGAUGGUAGCUUCAACAAGGAUAUAACUAAUGAACCGAGGGGACUGUUAAGUUUAUACAAUGCAGCUUACCUUUCUGUCAAUGGCGAAUCUGAACUCGAUGAAGCCAUGGCCUUUGCAAGGCACCAUCUUGAAUCUAUGAGUGGCAGUCUUAAAUACCCUUUAUCUGAGCAAGUCAAACGAAGCCUUGAGAUACCAUUACCAAGGACUCUGAGUAGAGUGGAUGCGCCUUAUUACAUUGAGGAAUACAAACAAGAGAAAGCAUGCAACCCCUAUGUGCUAGAACUUGCAAAGCUCGAAUUUAAUCUUCUGCAACGUCUUCACCAGCAAGAGCUCAAGGAUUUUUGUCGGUGGGGAAAUGAUCUAUAUGAAGAAGUGGGACUAAGCUACUCUCGGCAUCGUACCGUUGAAAUAUACCUCUGGUGUUACACAAUACACUAUGAGAAACAAUAUGCACAUGCACGGAUAAUCCUUGCCAAGAUAUGUGUGCUAAUAUCUCUGCUAGAUGACACUUUUGAUAUGCAAGCUACCUUGGAAGAGGGUCGAAAGAUCAACGAAGCGAUACAAAGAUGGGACGAGAGUGCUAUCCCUAUUUUACCAGUGUACUUAAAAAAAUACUAUGUCAAGCUGAUGAAUAUCUUCAGAGAGUUGGAGGAUGAACUGAAACAAGAUCACAAGUACCGCAUGGUUUAUUCUAGGAAAGCGAUCCAAACUCUAUGCAGGCAUUACCAACAAGAAUCUGAAUGGUUCCAUAGCAAUUACAUACCAAGCUUUCAAGAUCACAUCAAGAACUCUGUUAUCUCCACAGGUGCUCCAGCUACAUUCGUGACUUCACUCAUUGGUAUGGGCGACGAAGUAACUGAGGAAACAUUCCAGUGGGCCAUUGGUUGCACCGAUGCCGUGAAGGCUUGCAGUGAGGUGGCACGUUUCAUGAAUGACAUGACUGCAUUUCAGCACGGGAAGAACAAACUGGAUGUGGCCAGCUCAGUAGAUAGCUAUAUCAACCAACAUCAUGUUACGGGUGAGGUAGCAAUGGCCGCGGUGGGUAAACUGGUUGAAGAUGCAUGGAAAACUACCAAUCAGGCACGAUUUGACCGUCGUGCUAUGCUCCUGCCUUUAGAACGAAUCAUCAGACUGACCAAGAGCAUGACCUUGAUGUACCGUGGCAAUAUUAACCUGUACACAUUCACAAGUGGCAACAAAGACAAGAUCCAGCAGCAGUUCAUCGAACCUAUCCCACUCUAG